AUGUCGGAGGGACCGCCUGCAACAUCAUCCGCAAAACGGGCAUCGAAAGGUGAGAUGUCGAUAAAGGGUAGGUCGGCGAAGGGUGGUGGUUGGCGGGCCGCCGGACCGCUGGCGACUUAUUCCCACCAUCCAGGCUUCAUGAAUUCAACGUUGGAUAUGAAUGCUGAUUCCCAACUUUUCACUCUUCUUCGUGAAUAUGCUGCGAUUGUUCCAACAUCUCAAAUGCGUUAUCCUCACUCCAUACCGAAAGACACAUUGCACGAUUUUCUUCUCCGAUCUAUUAUUCUGGGUCCGCAUUUUCGGAAGUACUCCCCUUCUAAACAAUACCAAAAGUCUUUCUGGAAAUGGAUCGUCCAGCACUUGGAGCUUGACGUUGAGAUCGAUACGCAAAUAUUAAGCAUCUUGACAGAAACAUCCACGUCCACAUUUCCACGCGGUAUUUCUGUUCCGGCACCUCCUUCCCCGUCAUACGUAACGCACUACUGGAGACUUGACACUCCAUCCUCUAGUAACGAAACGCCAGUCACCCCUGAGUGCUUUAGGACUACUCUUUUUGAAUCUGGAACCAUGAUAGAAAGCGGUACCACAGGAUUUCGGACAUGGCCCGCGAGCUUGCAUCUCGCUAACUAUAUAAUAAUGCAUCCAGAAUGGGUUUACGGUAGGCGCAUCUUGGAGCUGGGUUCGGGGAUUGGGUUCCUAGGAAUGAUCGCUGGGAGCCUGCAGAUGCUCACUGCCUCAUCGACAGAUAUACCACCGGGAGACACGUCGAGACCGAUGCUAUAUUUGACAGAUGUAGACAGCGAUGUCAUUGCUAGAUAUAUGACCGCUAGUAUGGACCACCGCGAUAGCAUCAGUGUGAGUAUGUUGGAUUGGUCAGACGCACUGCGUCCAGAUAGUAUUUCGGCCUUUAAAGCAAGACUCCAACAAGAAAUUAAUGCCGACUUGAUAAUCGGGGCAGAUAUUGUCUUUGAUCCCAGUCUUAUCCCAGCCUUGAUGGCGACACUCUCACUCGCAUUAGAUCCAGGAUUUGCCAGACGUCAAAGGGUAGCUCUCAUUGCGCUGACCAUACGCAACAAAGAAACAUACGCUACCUUUCGCGCAACGGCUCAAAAAUAUAACCUUGUCAUCGUCGACCUUGAGUAUACUUCAACGGACAGUCUCUUCUUCCACGGCGUGGAUGAAAGAGCCGAUCAAAAGCAUGAUGUGAAGAUCAUGAAAAUCACCAUACAAUGA